ACACUGAUCCGCAAGUGCAUUUUACGUACGACAUACAAGGGUCUUUUGUUGUGUUGUUUUUCGAAGAACUAAAAGAAAUCUGCAAAAUAUAUCCAAAGUAAAGAAAAUGUAAUGCUAUUCAUAAGAAUAAUAAGCAGAAAACAGGUCGCUUACACAUGACGUACAUAUAUUAUUGUUUGAAAAUUUGGUAAACAAGAGUACUCCAGAAUUACUCACAUAAAAUAAUAAGUUAAUUUCGGGGGAACAAGCCAACUUUGCUGUAGAGUUACAGUUUUUGUUGUUGACUCUGUUGUGCUGAUAAGGCAUAGAAUAAAAGGAAAUACACAAAUCUGAAGUCGAAUUAGUCAUCAUACCAUAAGUCUCACGACUUUGUGGCUGCCACAACACAACAAAACUUAAAGGUACCCACAUAAUGCCGAUUUUAUAUAGCGUUAUAGCUCGCGGCACCACGGUGCUGGCAAAGUUUGCCGAAUGCGUUGGAAACUUUGCAGAAGUGACCGAGCAAAUAAUAAGCCGAAUUGAAGUUCGCAACCACAAGAUGACCUACUCCCAUGGCGACUAUUUGAUACACUAUACGUGCGAGAACAGAUUGAUUUACAUGUGCAUAACCGACAAUGAAUUUGAACGUUCUCGAGCCUUUCUCUUCCUGGCGGAUAUCAAGCAGAAAUUUAUACAAACCUAUGGCUUGCAGGUGGCCACAGCAAUUGGCUAUGCAAUGAACACGGAAUUUUCCAAGAUCAUGUCCCAACAAAUGGUACACUUCAGUCAAUCACUUGAAGUCGAUAAUAUAUCCCAUGUACAUGGUCAAAUCGACGAACUUAAGGAUAUUAUGAUUAAGAAUAUUGACAGUCUGCGUGAUAGGGGUGAGAAAUUGGAGCUGCUUGUCAAUAGGACCGAGAACUUGAGCAAUAAUUCUGUGGCAUUCCGUAAGGCAUCGCGAAAUCUGGCACGUCAAAUGUUUUGGAAAAACAUUCGUAUUUAUGUCGUCGUCGGACUAGUGAUUAUAUUUAUUAUUUAUGUUAUUGUAAGCAUGGCCUGUGGAGGACUAGCCUGGCAGUCAUGUGUUCAAUAAGACGCAAACUUGGAAAGUUUAUUAUUGUUAUAGCUCAUACCCAUGUUUAUUUACAUACAUAUAAACUUUCGUACUAUCAUAAUCUCUGUUAUAUGUAAUA